AAAAAAGAAAAAGUCUAUCAUGUCCUCCAAUAGUAGAUAUCGUGAAAGAAAAUACAAUUCUUCAGAUAACGAUAGAUUAUCACGAAUACUUUCUCAGCCUGUACAGUCAUGGGAAAAGAAAUGGGCACCAAGUACAAGAUCCAAGAAUUAUCAAACAUAUAAAUGGAUCAAAUCUGAUAAGUCCAUUGUUUUUGAAGAUGAUGACGACGAUGAAGAAGACGAAGACGAAGACGAAAAGGAUCAAGUAAUGACAGAUGCUGAUAAAGAUACUGCAACAUCAAGAGAUAUCAAUAGCACUACCAUUCAAACAACCCCAACAACAACAUUACCAUCAACUAUAAAUGGAACAAGUUCAGAAGCAAAAACGACUAUAACUGAUGUCACAGAUCAAAACAGGGGAUUAUUCUCAACUCCAAUUGACAACAAAAUUGUAAGUUCUCUGGCUGACGAAGAAGAACGUACUCCUACACCAAAACUUUCAGACGUAUCGGAUGUGGAUCAGACCAUGGGAGAUGAUGAUGACAAAGAAAGUAAUGCCGAUGAUUUAAAUGAUGCUUCUCGACACCCUGCUUUUGCACCUCAUAUACAUCCACGACUGAAUGGUGAUGACAACUUGUACAAUACUUCUGAACAAACAUCAACGGCAACGACGAAUACACCACAGGAUGAAUUAUACGCAAAUAAUAACAGCAAUAUCACUAUCGCAACUACAACAGAGAAUAUAAUCAACAAUGGAAACAAUGAUAUCAAUGUUGCUACUGAAAUCAAUGCCACUACAACUGGAAUCGAAGAACCAACAACAACUACUGAAGAUAUUACUAACACUUCUUCCUCUGUACCAAUUGCCACAGCACCAGCCAUAGCGCCUACAACUGUAGAAAGUGAACCAUCACCAGUAGUACAGCAACAACCUCUACCAACAGAACAAAGAAUGAAUUCAGAAAUAACUGACGAUCUAGAUGCUGGACGAAUCCAAACACCUGAUGUUGUAUCUUCUACAAAUACACCUGGAGUAGACACACCUUGCGACACACCUUCUGAUGUGCCUUUACAAAGAAAUAUCAAUGUUGUGACUGAAAAUGAUACAGAUAUGGAACUAGUAACACCAGGACAUCAAGAUAACAAUGAAAAUACACCUCAAUGAAUUCAUCUUCCUUUCUUUACAUUUUACAUCCAUUUAGAUAUUAUCUCUCAUCUUUUUUUUUUUUCUUGUAUGUUGCAAUAAACGAAUAAAAAAAAUAUGUCAUUUUCUACCUCCG